AGCCAGGUCUAUUAAUAAGUCUUUUAACUCUUUUAGGAAUUUAAGUUGUCAUAAUUUUUCAGUACAUCUUCUUCUCUAUUUAUCUUCCCAAAGAUCUCAUCUUUUUUAUUUUUUUAUUUCCCUCUUCAUACAACUUCCUCUCUCCGAGUCAUAAAAAACUGCUGCUUUACUCUCCUUCUCGACUCUUUUGGGUCUUUUCAACUUCAUCUUCCUCUCUCUGAACCCUAAAUAAAUUCCCAUAGAACGAUUGCAUCACUUAAUUCAAGCUCUUUUUAGAUAAAAAUCAACCAAGCGUUGUUAAGGGCCAUUCUCUUCUUCUUCUUCAGUUUUUUAGCAAGCAAAAAGGUGUUCAACUUGUUUGGUCUGAGAAUGGGCGGAGGAGGAGAGGGUCAUGCAAUAGGGAUUGACUUAGGGACAACCAACUCGUGCGUUGCGGUGUGGGAGAACGAUCAUGUUGAAGUGAUAGUGAAUGAUCAGGGCAGUAAGACCACUCCCUCUUGUGUUGCUUUCACUGAUACACAGAGCUUGGUAGGUGAUGCAGCACUUGACCAGAUUAUCCGAAACCCCGCCAACACUAUUUUUGAUGCAAAGAGGUUGAUUGGCAGGAGAUUCAGUGAUGCUUCUGUUCAAAAUGACAUGAAGCUCUGGCCAUUCAAGGUUACUAAGGGUCCCGAGGACAAGCCUAUGAUUGUGGUUACCCAGGAGGGUAAAGAAAAAAGAUUUUCUGCAGAGGAAAUCUCAUCCAUGGUUCUUGCAAAGAUGCGGGAGGUUGCUGGGGCAUACCUCGGCUCAACUGUGAAGAACGCAGUUAUCACUGUCCCUGCAUAUUUCAAUAAUUCACAGCGGCAGGAUACAUAUGAUGCAGGUACCACCGCUGGCCUAAAUGUGAUGCGUAUAAUAAAUGAACCAACUGCUGCAGCAAUUGCUUAUGGCCUUAACAAGAAAGCUGGCUGGUAUAGCAAGAGAAAUGUGGUAAUAUUUGAUUUGGGCGGUGGUACUUUAGAUGUGUCGCUGCUUAACAUAGGGGAUGAUGUUUUUGAAGUGAAGGCCACUGCUGGAGACACUCAUCUCGGAGGUGAAGACUUUGAUAACAAAAUGGUGGAUUAUUGCGUUGAGGAAUUUAAGAGGAAGCAUCAAUUGGACGUCAGUGGUAACACCAGAGCUCUUAGGAGGAUAAGAAAUGAAUGUGAAAAGGCAAAGAAGAGGCUUUCAUUUGCUUGCUCUGUUGACAUUGAAAUUGAUUGUUUGUUCUCGAGUACUGAUUUCUAUAUAACAUUUACUCGUGACAAAUUUGAACACAUCAACAUGGAUUUGUUUAAAAAGUGUAUGGAGCCAGUGGGGAAGUGUUUGAGGGAUGCUAAAAUGGACACAAGCAGUGUCGAUGAUAUUGUUCUUAUUGGUGGCUCUUCUAGAAUUCCCGGGGUGCAGCAGCUAUUGCAGGAUGUGUUCAAAGGGAAGGAGCUUUGCAAAGGAAUAAAUCCUGAAGAGGCUGUGGCUUAUGGUGCAGCUGUUCAAGCAGCAGUCUUGAAUGGGAAUGGAAAUGGAAUUGGAAAGCUUAAAGACUUCACUCUCACGGAUGUCACCCCAAUGUCCCUUGGGGUUAGGACUGGGAGUCGUACUUCUGAGGAGUCUGAUAUUAUGGCUGUUGUGAUACCAAGAAACACUAGAAUUCCAGUCAUAAAGAACGAAACUUUUGCCACUUCCGAAGACAACCAAAUUUCAGCCCCAUUUACUAUCUUCGAGGGCGAGAGUGAAACAACCUUAAACAAUAAUCUUCUGGGUGAAUUUAUCCUUCAUGACCUUCCUUCAGCUCCCAAGGCUGCUGUUGAGUUCAGUGUUUGCUUUGAUAUUGAUGCAAAUGGUAUCUUGAGUGUCUCUGCUGAAGAGAAAUCUACAGGCAAGAGAAAAGAGAUUACUAUUGCUUGUGACAGAAGAACAUUAAGGAUUGAGAAGAUGAGGUGAGUGGACGUACGUCUCCAUCUCUGCUUUUCUUUUCUGUGCACAACUAAAAGAUAUGGAGUGAGGCAGUCAUCGGACACUCCUGUUCCUGGAUGCUCGUUGAUCCGUGGACUAUCGAUCUGGAUCUUUAUCUUGUAUGUGGACUACUUUUAAGCUUUACUCUAUUGCAUUUAUACCAAGUAAUGUGACCAAGACGGUGGCUUUGAUGCUCUUAAUAUGAAUUUGAAGCGGGUUUGGUUGAGGUGGAGCUGUGGAUUCAAAGAGAGGAAGAAGAAGAAGGAAGGGGUGUUAUGCGCAAUUGUUCAUCUGGGUUCAUUAAACCCAGAAUUCAUUUUUUUGUUUUAGUUUUAAUUGUUUUAGGAAACUGAAUUGGGAGAUAAUAUGGGUCUCUUUAUAGAGAGGAUUACAAGACAUAGAGAUAUAAUUGAACAUGGAAA